GUGCGCGCCAAAACAAAUGCCAGCGCUGUCAAAUACAAUACAAACAUUCAUUGCCAAUAAGCUGCGGUCAGCGUGUUUUAUAUUUAGUGCAUAAAUAAUUAAAAUAAGCAACGAAUUGCCAAGAAAUACGACGCCAAUUUGAAGCAUUGCAAUGGAUGUAGCUGACGCACAAAUUGGACAAUUACGCGUAAAGGAUGAGGUUGGCUUGCGCUGUCAGAAACUCUUUCAGGAUUUCUUAGAGGAGUUUAAGGAAGACGGUGAAAUAAAGUAUGUCAAACCAGCAGCAGAUUUGGAAUCACCAGAUCGUUAUACUCUAGAGGUGUCUUUCGACGAUGUGGAAAAGUAUAAUCAGAAUUUGGCAACAACAAUUAUCGAAGAAUAUUUUCGCAUCUACCCAUAUCUGUGCCAAUCAGUUUCGAAUUUCGUCAAAGAUCGUUGUGGUUUAAAGAAUGAAAAAGAGUGCUACAUCUCAUUCACUGACGUGCCCACGCGCCAUAAAGUACGUGAUUUAACAACAUCAAAAAUUGGCACAUUGAUACGCAUAUCUGGUCAGGUAGUGCGUACACAUCCAGUGCAUCCAGAACUUGUUACCGGCACAUUCAUGUGUAUGGAUUGCCAAACUGAAAUACGCAAUGUGGAGCAACAAUUUAAGUUUACCAAUCCAACAAUUUGUCGUAAUCCUGUAUGCAGUAAUCGGCGUCGCUUCAUGCUGGAUGUGGAGAAGUCACUUUUUGUGGAUUUUCAAAAAAUACGCAUACAAGAAACACAAUCAGAGUUGCCGCGUGGUUGUAUACCACGUUCAGUGGAAAUCAUUCUGCGUUCGGAAUUGGUGGAAACUGUGCAAGCGGGCGAUCGUUAUGAUUUUACCGGCACAUUAAUUGUAGUGCCCGACGUGGGUGUAUUAAAUAUGCCGGGCGCCAAAGCGGAUAUGGGUUCGCGGCACAAGCCGGGAGAUGGACCCGAGGGUGUUUCGGGUUUAAAAGAAUUGGGCACACGUGAACUCAACUAUCGCAUGUCUUUCUUGGCGUGCAGCGUACAAACAACAACAGCGCGUUUUGGUGGCACAGAUUUGCCUAUGUCCGAGGUAACGGCAGAAGAUAUGAAAAAACAAAUGACUGAUGCAGAGUGGAAUAAGGUGUACGAAAUGUCUAAGGAUCGUAAUUUGUAUAACCAUCUCAUCACGAGUCUGUUUCCCUCGAUCUACGGCAAUGAUGAGGUCAAGCGUGGUGUGUUGUUGCAGUUAUUUGGUGGUGUUGGCAAGACUACGCAUGAAAAAACAACUUUGCGUGGCGAUGUCAAUGUAUGCAUUGUAGGUGAUCCCAGUACGGCGAAGUCACAAUUUCUGCGUCAAGUCGCCGACUUUUCGCCACGCGCUGUCUACACUUCUGGCAAAGCUUCUUCGGCAGCGGGUCUUACUGCCGCUGUGGUGCGUGAUGAGGAGAGUUUCGAUUUUGUCAUCGAAGCCGGUGCGCUUAUGUUGGCCGACAAUGGCAUCUGUUGCAUUGAUGAAUUCGAUAAAAUGGAUCCACGCGAUCAAGUGGCCAUACACGAAGCUAUGGAACAGCAAACAAUUUCCAUAGCAAAAGCCGGUGUACGCGCCACCUUAAAUGCACGCACUUCAAUUUUGGCUGCCGCCAACCCGAUAAACGGACGUUAUGACCGUACCAAGAGUUUGCAACAGAAUAUACAAUUAUCUGCGCCAAUUAUGUCACGUUUCGAUCUAUUCUUCAUACUCGUCGACGAAUGCAAUGAAGUGGUGGACUAUGCAAUCGCACGCAAAAUUGUCGAUUUACACUCGAACAUUGAAGAGUCAGUGGAGUGUGCAUACACACGCGAAGAAGUGCUGCGCUACAUAACCUUCGCGCGUCAAUUCAAACCGAUUAUUGGGCAGGAGGCAAUGAAGCUGCUGGUGGAGAACUAUGGUCACUUGAGACAACGUGACACGGGUAUUGCCGGCCGCAGCACAUGGCGUAUCACAGUACGUCAACUGGAGUCCAUGAUACGCCUGAGCGAAGCAAUGGCCAAACUUGAGUGCAUGAACGAAGUGCAAGAACGACACGUUAAAGAAGCUUAUCGCUUGUUGAACAAAUCAAUUAUACGUGUUGAGCAGCCCGAUAUACAUUUGGACGAUGACGAGGGCAAUGAGGAUGCCUAUGUGGGUGAUGUGGACAUGGGUGAUAAUGCCGGUACUGCGAAUGGCGCGAAUAAUACGAUUGCCACAGAGGGUGCAGAAAUGGAAGAAGGCAUUGAGGCAAGUGGUAGCCAGUUGCAAAAGAAAAAGCUCACAUUAUCGUUUGAGGAUUACAAAAAUCUAUCAACUAUGUUGGUAUUACAUAUGCGUAAUGAGGAGGCACGCUGCGAAACAGAAGGCAUCGAUUCGGGUAUGAAACGCAGCGAUGUGGUUACAUGGUAUUUGGAACAAGUCGCCGAUCAGAUCGAAUCCGAAGAGGAACUUAUCUCACGCAAACAUUUAAUUGAGAAAGUUAUCGAUCGUUUGAUAUACCACGAUCAAGUGAUUAUACCAUUGAAGACAACCGAAUUGCGACAACCCGGUAAAAGUCCGCGUCGUCCCGAUGAUGAAAGCGAGGAACCAGACGAUCCCCUGUUGGUCGUGCAUCCCAAUUAUAUUGUUGAAUAGCGUGUUGUCGUUUAGACGUUCCAAAUCAAUUUUAUUACAUUUUUUUCAUACAAACAAUUUAAUGUUAAAUAGAAUUAAGUUUUAUGUUAUCGUAUGCAUUUUAUUUCGAACAUUGCGCGUUAAAAAUCCGUUAGCUGUGGAGUACAAAUAAAGAAAUUUCCAAAAAAAAAAUAUUUUUUGGUCGUGUUAAAAAAUA